CCUAGUUUAGUUAUGUACAUUUUGCUGUUUUAAUGUGGAUAGAGUGAAUUUUAUUUCUUUUAAUCUAAAAAACUUACUCUGAAAUGGAAAUAGAAGAAACUUACACUACCAAUUCCUUAACACAAAGAAUAAGCUUUGGCUUAGGACAUAUUUUCAAUGACUUGUGCGCCGCUAUAUGGUUUUCUUAUAUGCUAUUUUACCUUCAUGUGGUGUUAAAUUUGGAAAGUACCACCGCAGGGAUGUUGCUAAUGUUAGGUCAAUUGGUAGACGCUAUUGCAACGCCUUUAGCAGGAUGGGCAAUUGAUUAUACUGGAAAUAAAAGAAUCUUACAUUUUGGAGGGACAAUAGCAGUUGCAACAGGAUUUUCUUUAAUUUUUUCGUACAAACAUGCAGAGCUAACAACAGCAGCCAUAUUACACUAUGUUUUAGCUAUAGCACUGUUUCAAAUAGGUUGGGCUGUUGUACAGAUAGCCCAUCUGUCUAUUAUUCCGGAUAUAUCCAGAGACCAUAGUCACAGCUCUGAUUUAACAGCCAUUAGGUACACUGCUUCAGUAUGUUGCAGCAUAACAGUAUAUGUCAUAACACUUUUUGUCUUAAAUACCGAUGACAUUUCCGCUAUAGGACCUGCUGAUUAUAUAAAAUUUAAGGAAAUAGCUUUGAUAAUCGUCUUCAUAGGUCUAAUGGCAUCGUUAUUAUUUUACUGUGGUCUAUUAGGAUCCUUAGAAACAAAUUAUGAAAUUAUCGGUGAGGCGUAUGACGAAAAUAAUUUGAACUCGAACAAUCAUGAAAAGCACUUCUUAAAGCAAUCUAUUAUAUAUUUAGUUUCCCUUAUGUACAUGGCCUCCAGAUUAUUUACUACGUUAAAUUUGAUAUACAUUCCGUUAUAUCUAGAUGAACGGGAAAAUUCAGCCGAAGGAAAAAGCAAAAUUAGAGAAACUAUUGCCACCAUACCUUUGGUUUGUUAUAUUUCUUCGCUUGCUACUUCGUUAGUACUAAAAUGUCGCGGAUCUUACUGUAAUGAUAAGGUUACUUACUUUGUAGGUGGAUUUAUUGGACUUGUAGCGUCAGUAUGGUUAGGGUUAGAAAUAGCGACGAAUUCUGAUAUAGAACUUUAUUUUAUUGCUGUGAUUUUGGGAAUAAGUAGUUCCUCUACCAUGGUGGCCAGUCUUUGCCUCACAGCUAACUUUGUUAAAACGAAUGGAUAUGGAGGAGGGUUGGUUUACAGCAUUGUCACCUUUACCGAUAAGUUAAUAUCGGGAGCAGUUGUUUUACUAGUACAACAUUUACAAUGUGUCCCAAAAAACUUGUGUCCACACUAUUAUGAACAUGUCUUGACAUAUAUUUGUGGGAUUGUUUCCGUUACAGGACUACUAUCUUUGCUGUGUCUGGAAAUAGAAAUUCGAAAAAAUGGACUAAAAAAUCACCAACAGGAUAGAUAAACAUACUCAAAGUAUUAAUAUUCCUUCCACUGCCAAUUUUUUCAGUUUAUAUAUACAAGUGAUUAGAUAAGUUAAUACUUAUUAGUUUAGUAGGUAAUUUUUAUAUACAAAUCAAUGUUAAAUGACUUAUAUCCUGUUAUAUAUCGUGAAUGUUAUUGACCGUUUUUUCUAAGAUAACUUGA